AUGAAGGGUUCAGUCUUGAUCUGCUGUUUCCUCUCCCUGCUGCAUUUGCAGGCCACAGCAGAAGAAGAAGAUGAUUUCAUCUCCGUCCUCAGGGACAGGUCUCACAUCGACGAGACGCUGCGGCUUGCAACUGAGGAAAAAGCAGGAGACUAUGCGGGGGCUCUACAGCGGCUGCGUAAGAUCUACCACACAUCCAUCAGGCCGAUGGAGCAGGCCUACAAGUACAAUGAGCUGAGGCAGCACGAGAUCUCAGAUGGAGAGAUUACCUCCAAGCCCAUGGUGCUGUUCCUGGGACCCUGGAGUGUUGGAAAGUCCUCUAUGAUCAAUUACCUCCUGGGCAUGAACGACAGCCCCUAUCAGCUCUACACAGGGGCGGAGCCGACUACGUCUGAGUUCACUGUCAUCAUGCACGGGGAGAAGAUCCGCUCUGUUGAGGGCAUCGUCAUGGCAGCAGACAGCUCUCGGUCCUUCUCCCCCUUGGAGAAGUUUGGCCAAAACUUCUUGGAAAAGCUGGUCGGUAUUGAGAUGCCCCACAAGCUGCUGGAACGCGUGACUUUUGUGGACACGCCAGGAAUCAUCGAGAACCGGAAGCAGCAGGAGAGAGGCUAUCCCUUCAACGAUGUCUGCCAGUGGUUCAUUGACCGCGCUGACCUGAUCUUUGUGGUGUUUGACCCCACCAAGCUGGACGUUGGCCUCGAGCUGGAGAUGCUCUUCCGGCAGUUAAAGGGUCGCGAAUCCCAGAUUCGCAUCAUCCUAAACAAGGCUGACAACCUGGUCACCCAGGACUUGAUGAGAGUCUACGGGGCGCUCUUCUGGAGCUUAGCUCCCCUCAUCAAUGUGACCGAACCCCCGCGCGUCUACGUCAGCUCCUUCUGGCCAUAUGACUACGCAGCCGAUACCAGCCGUGAGCUCUUCAAGCGAGAGGAGAUCUCGCUCCUGGAAGAUCUGAACCAGGUGAUCGAAAACCGCAUGGAAAACAAAAUCGCCUUCAUCCGCCAGCAUGGCAUCCGCGUACGCAUCCACGGCCUCCUGGUAGACCGCUACGUUCAGACCUUUAAAGAGAAGAUGAGCUUCUUCAGUGACCCUGAACUGGUCUUCAAAGAGAUUGUGGACGAUCCAGACAAGUUCUACAUUUUCAAAUCCAUCCUGGCCAAGACCAAUGUCAGCAAGUUUGACCUGCCCAAUCGCGACGCUUACCGUGACUUCUUUGGCGUCAACCCAAUCACCAACUUCAAGCCCUUGCAGGCCGAGUGCUCCUACAUGGGAGGCUGUCUGCUGGAUAAGAUUGAGAGGGCAAUCACCACUGAUCUGCCUGCCCUUCUCAGCAGCAUUAACUCUGGGAAGCAGCCUGGCCUGUCCUCCUGCGAGACAACUGGCUGUGGCGAAAAGCCAAAGAACCGCUACCGAAAGAACUGA